UCGUCGUAACCGACGGAGUGCUUCCAUCCCACAACAACAAUCAAUCAAUCAAGGAAAUACAAUUUACUGCUUUCCCUAAUCUCAACAAAGUGAAUCUAUUACAAAUGUCAACCAUUAACAACAGCCGAUUUUUCAAGGGAGGCUACUCUAAUAGUACUCACCGGAAGUCUCUGACCUAUUUGAUUACGUGGAUGCAAUCAAUUUAUUAAAGCACGCAACUGCUGGUUUCUCUCUCUGGGACCCCCAAAAUGAUUGCACGAAGGCGGCACACCCAUUACAACCAGGAGACUGUCCAGCUCCUGGAAGGUUCACCAAACUUGAACUCUAAUUCAACUUUAACUUCUAAAUCUCCACCACGAGAUAUAUUAACAGUCCAAGAAGGUACCUGCCGUGACCGAACUAAUGAGUUCUUAUCAGCUGUAAAAUCGAUGCAAUCAAGAAGAUUCAAUGGUCUUGUUUCAGUCCAGCAAAACCGCAGCCAACCUCAAACUACAGAAUUCACAUUGAGAUCUCGGUCAGUUGGGAAAAACCUUGCCAACACAUCAUUCAAACUAGAGAAACUAGCUUUGUUGGUUAAAAGAAGUUCAAUGUUUGAUAACAAACAAGGGGACAUUGAAGAACUGAUUUUUAUCAUCAAGCAAGACAUAACAAGUCUAAACAAACAGAUAGCUGCACUUCAAGAGGUUUCCAAGAUGCCACAUACCCAUCUCGGGAAACCACAACGCAGGAGUCAUUCCAAUUCAGUAGUUGUUGCACUUCAGUCAAGAUUAGCAACAAUGUCUAACACGUUCAAGGAGGUUUUGGAAGACCACACAAGUAAAUUACAACAGGAAAAAUCACACACUGAAUCAAUGGCAACGCCAACGAGGACCAACAAUUCCUUAAUGAUGGAAGAACAACAAGGUGAUCUAGUAAUUAACAUGGACUCUAAUGAUGUUCAGAGGAGGCAGGACCAAACCCAUUUAGUUGAACAACGUGAUGCAUUUCUGGAGGAACGAGAGCAGUCCAUGCAGAACAUCAACACUACAAUUGUUGAACUGGGUUCAGUUUUCCAACGCCUUGCCACAAUGGUCAAAGAGCAAGAAGAACUGGUACACAGGAUUGACUCCAAUGUUGGUGACGCUGACAUGAAUAUUGAAGCUGCACACACAGAAUUACUGAAGUACUUCCGGUCCAUUUCCACAAAUCGAUGGUUAUUGAUCAAAAUAUUCAUAGUUCUUAUGAUAUUUUUUGUUUUCUUUGUCAAAUUCAUACUGUAAUUUAUGCGAUAAAAAUAACUAUUAUCAUUAUUAUUAUUA